AUGAACGGGUUUGCGAACCGUGGCUAUGAUGGCUUUGACGGAGGCCCGCCACCACUGCGCCCUACGAUUGCGCCGAGGGGUCCAGCAUUAGUUGAUUCCUAUAGACAAGACAGCCUCAACGACUUCGAAAGAGACAAGCCGCGAUUUAAUCCAAUGAAUCCAGGGCGCGUUCAAAGCUCGGUGCUGGUCGACCUGAAAGAUCCUGUCCAAGUACAUUUGCUCACCGAAACCGCCCUACUCGACAGCAAAGAGUAUGAGAUUUUAUCUCAAGAGGAAGUCGAUGAUCUCAAGAAACAAUGUCAGAUUUUAAAUCAGCGAAUCGAGCAGACGAGGUCAAACCUUGCCAUCCAAUCCAAAUAUCGCGAUGCUGCUAUAUCAAUGUCUAAACUAUAUUCCCCAACCAAAGUUGAUUUCAAGAGAAGGAGUCUUCUAGGUCAUCGACACAGUGGAUCGACCGAUGCCGCACGGGAGGCUGAACACGAACUCAGCACGAUCCAGAAGAAGUGCGAAGACCUAGCAUCUGAACUAUGGUCAUUGGAGAAACGCGCCAUGGAACCCCAGAGGCGACUGUUGGAGCAUACUGCUGGUAUCCUUCAGCUCACGCACAGAGCAAACAGCAAAACACCAUCCCCAAGAGUCCCUCUUCUUAACGGUGUUCCCGCUAGUCCCGAGAGCAUGUAUACUACGAUGAAUGGUCGUGACAGUCUUAGCAUGGAUUUCUUGGAAGACGGGUUUACCUUUGACGAAGCAAGCUUAUAUCGAUCCUUUGACUUAUCCGAACGACCCGAUGAUCGAAGCCGGCAGAACGCUAUUGAAAUCCCCUUAAAGUCGCCUGUUCGGGGACAGAAUAAGCAGCUAACGGAGGAAACCGAGAGACUACGCGAGGAAAAUCGUGAGCUACAGGCACAAAUUAAUGAGCUCAGAGGUCAGGGUUCAGACCCGUGGAGCUUGAUUUCUGACACAGAAGGUACACUAGAGCAGCUCAAUUACCGACUGCGUGAAAUAGUUAUCAGCAUGGAUCCGGCCAAGAGCGAUACUUACGGUGCUAUCCCAUCAGGCCGACUGGAGCCAGGUGAUAUGAUCGGUAGCCACUUGGAUUACCUUGAAAAUGGACUAAUUGCUAUUGCUCAAGACCGGGGUAAUAGCCUUGAAUUAACAGAGAAAAUACGGACGCUUAACGCCGAGGUCCAAAACAUACUCUUAGGAGCUAAUACAAAUCAUCCGCCACCACCAACCACGGAACUGGGCGUUGAUGAGCAGCUCAGGUAUUUGCGAGACUCGUUACCAACCAUCGAGGAUGAGUUGCGGCGAGCUGCAGACGCAACCAAUACAAACUCUGCCGCCAGAGGCGAGAGCGAGCAAUACGAAACAGUUCUCAUGGGACUCUGGGACAUCAUCCAAUCAGGAUACGCCGAUUUACGAAAACGGAAACAGGAACGGCGAAAGGCUCGCCAAGAUAAGGGAUUGGAGCCAGACGAGGAUGAUAUGUCUGACGGUGAAUCUAUCGACUUUGACGAGCAAUACUCGUUGUCAGCUUUCUCGGUCAAGAUUCAGUGGUUGUACAGACAAGCUACUAAAUUACAUGAGCAAAAGGGUGUUCUGAAGCGUCAAAUCAAGCAGCAGCGCGAGCUCAACAGCAGGUCUGACUCCGAGAAGGAUCAAGCAUUAAGGGACAAAAUCGAUGAAGUAGAGCAAGCCAAAGAAUUACUUCAUCAAGCAGAGAAGGAAACAGACAAUGCCCGCUCGCAACUUUCACGGGCCUUGCAGGAUCUCGAAGAAUCACAGAAAGGCCGAACAGAAGAAUCUACCGCCAUUGACGAGGCGCGAGAGCAGCUUAAGGAGCGGAAUGCUAAGAUUGCAUCGCUAGAAGAAAGCGUUAGAGAAGUCCAAGCGCGUCUAACAACAGCGGAGGCCAAUGUUGCAGCUAUCACGACACAAUUACAGGAGGCCAAUGAUGCUAAGGAGGCUACCGACAAGAUUAUUGGGGAGAAGGAGAGAGAUCUCAAGACUAAGGACGAGGAGCUUCAACAAAUGACAGGCAUGGUUGCCGAAUUUAAGAUGGAAGCUACUCUCGCUAAGGCCGAACUCGACGGCGCCUACGGUUCUAGAAAAGAGAGGGCUGCAGAGGUUGCGGCUCUGCAUAACAAUAACGAAUCAACUAAAAUGCAAAAUAGAGUUGAAGUGCUAGAGAAGGAGCUGAAAGCCACCGCCCAAGACUUGACCGAUGUUGUCAAGCAGUCGCUCGAGAGCGAGAAGAAGAUUGGGGAACUAGAGGAUGAGCUCGACCGAGUGAGAGCUGAACGUUCUAAGAUCAAGGAUGAGAAGGAUAUGAUGAAUGACGAACUCGAGAAGCGGCUCCACGAAGCUACGAGUGAUAUCGAAGAGAGACUAGAUCGCGAGAUUACGAGACUACGCAAGGAGAAGGAACAACUACAGGAAGAGCUCGACAAAGAGCGACUAGGAUCAGCGCGUCUAGGACCACUAUCACCUGGCGGUAUGAAGACUUCAUACCUGACCGACUCCUACAGGUCGGGACUGAGAGCCGAGAGGAAGAAGUACGAGGAGCAAUUAAGGUCGGAACAAAUGGUACGGAGGAAGCUUGAGGAUGAACUGAGAGCGAUGAAAAGGGCACAAGGGCCCGCCGUGGUGUAUUUCGGUCCCAAGUACAUUGAAGUCGCUAGGAGGGCUCCUAUCACAAUGAAGACCACCACUACGUUCCUGGGGUGGCUUACGGCCUCUUUACUUGCUGUCACUAGCGUUUCUGGGCAAUCGAUCGCUCAGAUCAACGGUGAUCGCUUCUUAUCGCCGUUCAACGGCCACAAUGUCACUAACGUCACGGGAAUCGUGACGGCGAAGGGUCCCGAAGGCAUCUGGCUACGAUCCAUCAAGUCGAGUUGCGACAAGCGCGUCUCAGAUGGCUUAUACGUAUACGGCUCGGCGCUAGCCAAGAAUACUAGCAUUAGUGUUGGUGACGUCCUGGUCGUCGAUGGGAAGGUCAGCGAGUACCGCUCUAACAAGGACUACUUGUACAUGACGGAGCUUGCAUCGCCAAAGGUCAGAUCUAUCCUAGAACGGGGCAGGAAAGUCGAGCCGAUCGUAAUUGGCAAGGGAGUACUUAGUCCGCCGACGAAACAGUAUUCUGGCCUAGAUAAAGGCGAUGUAUUCGCCGUGCCGAAUAACCAAAGCCUGAUCUCCGUCGAGAAUCCCCUCUUAGAGCCAGAGUCGUACGGCUUAGACUUCUGGGAGAGCAUGAUGGGUGAGCUGGUUACGAUCGACAGCCCACGUGCAGUUGGACGACCUAAUCAGUACGGCGACACAUGGGUUGUUGGAAAUUGGAAUACAACGGGCGAUAAUGACCGUACGGGUCUUACUGUCUCUGCUGCGGAUGGUAAUCCGGAGACUAUUAUCAUCGGCAGUCCGCUCGACGGAUCUAAGAACCCGAAGGACACAAAGCUAGGCGACAAACUCGAAACUAUUACCGGCAUCGUCUACCAGGCCUUCGGUUUUUACCGCAUCCUACCGCUAACGAACAUAAGUAUCAUCGAGUCUCUCGGCCCUGAAGUAGCUCCGCCAACUUCAAUAGUGAGCGAAGGGACAUGCAAGGGCAUCACCGUAGGCAGCUACAACAUCGAGAACUUCUACGCCGGCGAUACCGCACACGUACAAGCUGUUGCGAAGCAUAUUGUUCAAUCCAUGCGCACACCGGAUCUACUAGCGGUUCAGGAGAUACAAGAUGACAACGGCGAGAUAGACGACGGCACCGUGAGCUCUGACAAGACUCUCACGGCACUAGCAGCAGCUAUCCAAGCCCUUAGCACCACUAAAGUCACUUACAAAUACACCUAUAUCAACCCCCUAAACGACAAAUCCGGCGGCGCUCCCGGCGGCAACAUCCGCGUCGCAUAUCUAUACCGAGCAGACCGCCUGCGGCUCCGGAACCCAAGCCCAGGUAAUGCUACCACAGCCAACGAGGUGCUACCCGGUCCCGAACUCAAGUUCAACCCGGGUUACAUCGACCCGUCGAACGCGGCCUGGACCAACAGCCGGAAGCCUCUAGCAGCAGCAUGGGAGCUCGUAGGUGGUGGCAACAACAAUACAAGCAAGACGCUAUUUACGGUGAACGUGCAUUGGGGCUCCAAGGGCGGCAGCUCCUCGCUACACGGCGAUGCCCGACCACCUGUUAACGGGGGCGUAGAGGACAGGUUGGCGCAGGCCGAGACUACAGCUUCCUUCAUCGCAGAAAUCCUCGCCCAAGACCACUCCGCAGCGAUAGUAACACUAGGCGACUUCAACGAAUUCGCCUUCGCAGCCCCAGUCCUUGCAUUCGGGACGCUCUCGGGGCUAGCAGACUUGGACGUCGCGGUGGGUAUCCCGCCCGCGGAGCGGUACACGUACCUGUACGACAUGAACUCGCAAGAGCUGGACCACGUCUUCGUCAGCCCGGCGCUAGCGUCGGCGGAGAGCACGCGCUUCGAGCACGUGCACGUGAACACUUGGGUCCCGUACUCGGAGAGGACGUCGGAUCACGAUCCGAGCGUGGGGAGGUUUGAUAUCUGCCGGUGA